GCUUACUCUAUAUAUUUGGAGUUGUGAGCAAUGGCUAUUGCAACCAUGACUACUCCUCUUCCUAUUUCCUUUUUCCCUUUUCUUCUUCUCAUUGCUACUAUCUAUUUUACCAUUUGUGAUGCCAAUACCAACCUACUUUCCAUUCAAAGUGAGAUAGAAGCUCUUUUGAAAUUCAAGAAUGAUCUUAUUGAUCCUUCAAACAGAUUAUCUUCAUGGGUUGAAGGUGGGGAUUGCUGUGAAUGGAUUGGUAUCGUCUGCCAUAACUCAACAGGCCACGUCAACCAACUGCAUUUGGCUGCUCCUCCUCUUUCAGCCCCAGAUUUUGACGCACCACUAGCUGAAAGGGAAGCUUACGAGCGGUCAAAACUACGAGGCAAAAUAAAUCCUUCACUGCUGGAGUUGAAGCAUCUCAGUUCCCUGGACUUCAGCAAUAACAAUUUUAGCAGCAUCCAAAUACCAGAAUUUUUGGGUAUGCUAAGGAGUUUAACAUAUCUUAACCUCUCUUAUGAACAAUUCCAAGGAGGAAUUCCUCAUAACCUUGGGAAUCUCUCAAGGUUGCAUUAUCUUGACCUUGGAGGUAAUGAUCUCGAACCAGAAAGUCUUCAAUGGGUUUCUGGGCUUUCUUCCUUGCAGUACCUUGAUUUGAGCUAUGUGAAUCUUUCUAAAGCAAAUGACUGGAUACAGAUCAAGAAAGACGCGGAAUUGAUCUCGAAUCGGGGAAGGAAAAAGUUUUGAUUAAAUUGCAAAAUUUCCACAUUUUGCACCAAGG